GAUGGCAAGAAAAACCUGUUUUAAUGUUCAUUUGGGCUCCUGACUGUUGUUUUAAGACAAACUUUAAGAAAAACUGUGAAGCCGUCCUUUACAUAAAUGUAGAGAAUUACACUAUUUCCCUCUGAAAUAUGGUGAAGUAGAAGUAUACAGUAGCAGAAACUCCAGAAACUCACUUGACUUGAACUCACGUGACUUGAACUUUAAGCUAGUGUCAAUAAAUCUGACGGGUGAUAGAUUUCUGUGUAACACCUGUCGGUCAACCUCUCUGGUUACUGAUCUACAGGCAGUUCCACUUGUAAAACUAACUCGCAAUGGAGUAUUUUACAUUGCUAUCUUGGUAGUUUUACUUAAGUGAAUGAUCUGAAUACUUCUUCCACCACCGAUAAUGUGUGUGUUUGUUUGUGUCCGUGGAUCAGAGUAAGUAUCAUCAUCAUCUUGUGCUGACAAGUUCGCAAAAACAACCAGUUUCUGGCACUUAUCUAGUGACGAUAACGUGCCUUGGAACCAGGUACCUACCCUCCCAUUCAUAGUGGGCUUUCUGUAUUGCAUUUACUUUCAAUUUCAGUCGUAUCCUGUGUCGGACUCUGGCCCAACGAUUUUUAUUACCAGGAGCUCUGUGUGCUCACAAGACUGAGGGGACAUAAUGUUUUCUCUCUGUUACGCAUUUCUCGCUGUUUCUUUGUUGAACUCUCUGCACGACUUCCAUGUGUCCAGCUGUGAUGAAAGCUGUGCAGAUAAACCUUUAUUCACUCCAUCCAGACUGGUAGUGAAGUUUGGUGACCCAACCUCUGCCACGUGCUCGGCUUGUCAGCAUACUUGCCCAAACGAUUUAUAUGGUUUGGAAAACUCUGUGGGGGUCCGUACAAAAAAUGGAACCACGAUUUCAUGGGAGGUUGACAGCCUGACUGAAUGGGAUAUAUCUCCCAUGUGCUAUUAUACUGAUAAUAAUGAUAACCAGUGUUGUAGCACCCUGCCUGUAACCGUCUAUCAGCCUCCAAAAAAUGUCAGUUUCAGCUUCCUAAAUCACGCUGGGUUGAUGACUGCGGGUCAUCCGUACACACUGCAGUGUCACGUCCAGGAAGUUGCUCCUGUUGGUAACCUCAAUGUGACCUUCUACAGAGGACAGACAGAACUGCACAGACUACAGUCCAACAACACAGAAAAGACACCAGUGAAUGAGACCUUCACUCUGGAUAUCACCCCUAGUAAAGAGGAUGAUGGAGGACAGUACUGGUGUGAAGCCAAGCUAGACCUGGGACCUGAAGGACCACAGACUCCUCCAGUGGUGGAGUCAGGAAAACUCACAGCAACAGUCUACUAUGAGCCUCAGCUAAAGGGGUCAUCACAUCUAGAUCUGAUCACCGUCACAAAAGGAGACCAUCUACAACUGGACUGCUCUGCUGUGGGAAACCCCAGCCCCUCUUACAACUGGACGCUCCCAUCAGCCACUGGUUCCCCCUUCAGUGGUGACAUUCUCACUAUCGAGUCUGUAACUUUGGAGCACAAGGGGCAAUACAACUGUUCUGUCCACAACAACAUCGGGACUGUCACUGUGAAGUUUAACGUGGAUGUCAAAGAUGAAAACUGUGCAGAUAAACCUGUAUUCACUCCAUCCAGACUGGUAGUGAAGUUUGGUGACCCAACCUCUGCCACAUGCUUGGUUUGUCAGCAUAAUUGCCCAAACAACUUAUUUGGUUUGAAAAAGUCUGCGGGGCAAAAUACGAUAACCACGAUUUUAUGGAAGGUUGACAGCCUGACUGAAUGGGAUACAUCUCCUGUGUGCGAUUAUACUGGUGAUGAUAAUAACCAGUGUUGUAGCACCCUGCCUGUAACCGUCUAUCAGCCUCCAAAAAAUGUCAGUUUCAGCUUCCUAAAUCACUCUGGGCCGAUGACUGCGGGUCAUCUGUACACACUGCAGUGUAACGUCCAGGAAGUUGCUCCUGUUGCUAACCUCAAUGUGAACUUCUACAGAGGACGGACAGAACUGGGCCAGCGAAAGGUCAAGGGUAACCUGGAGAAGAAACCAGUGACUGAGACCUUCACUCUGGAUAUCACCCCUAGUAAAGAAGAUGAUGGAGAACAGUACUGGUGUGAAGCCAAGCUAGACCUGGGACCUGAAGGACCACAGACUCCUCCAGUGGUGGAGUCAGGAAAACUCUCAGCAACAGUCUACUAUGAGCCUCAGCUAAAGGGGUCAUCACAUCCAGAUCUGAUCAACGUCACGAAAGGAGACCGUCUACAACUGGACUGCUCUGCUGUGGGAAACCCCAGCCCCUCUUACAACUGGAUGCUCCCAUCAGCCAGUGGUUCCCCCUUCAGUGACGACAUUCUCACUAUCGAGUCUGUAAGUUUGGAGCACAAGGGGCAGUACAUCUGUUCUGUCCACAACAACAUCGGGACUGUCACUGUGAAGUUUAACGUGGAUGUCAAAGAUGAAAACAGUGCAGAUAAACCUGUAUUCACUCCAUCCAGACUGGUAGUGAAGUUUGGUGACCCAGCCUCUGCCAAGUGCUUGGCUUGUCAGAAUACUUGCCCAAAGGAUUUAUAUAAUUUGGAAAAGUCUGUGGGGAACGUUACAAAAAAUGGAACCACGAUUUCAUGGGAGGUUGACAGCCUGACUGAAUGGGAUAUAGAUGUCAUUGAGUGCUAUUAUACUGGUAAUGCUGAUAACCAGUGUCGUUGCACCCAGCAUGUAACCGUCUAUCAGCCUCCAAAAAAUGUCAGUUUCAGCUUCCUAAAUCACGCUGGGCCGAUGACUGCGGGUCAUCAGUACACACUGCAGUGUCACAUCCAGGAAGUUGCUCCUGUUGGUAACCUCAAUGUGAUCUUCUACAGAGGACAGACAGAACUGCACAGACUACAGUCCAACAACACAGAAAAGACACCAGUGACUGAGACCUUCACUCUGGAUAUCACCCCUAGUAAAGAAGAUGAUGGAGGACAGUACUGGUGUGAAGCCAAGCUAGACCUGGGACCUGAAGGACCACAGCCUCCUCCAGUGGUGGAGUCAGGAAAACUCAAAGCAACAAUCUACUAUGAGCCUCAGCUAAAGGGGUCAUCACAUCCAGAUCUGAUCACCGUCACGAAAGGAGACCGUCUACAACUGAACUGCUCUGCUGUGGGAAACCCCAGCCCCUCCUACAACUGGACGCUCCCAUCAGCCAGUGGUUCCCCCUUCAGUGGCGACAUUCUCACUAUCGAGUCUGUAACUUUGGAGCACAAGGGGCAAUACAACUGUUCUGUCCACAACAACAUCGGGACUGUCACUGUGAAGUUUAACGUGGAUGUCAAAGAUGAAAACUGUGCAGAUAAACCUGUAUUCACUCCAUCCAGACUGGUAGUGAAGUUUGGUGACCCAACCUCUGCCACGUGCUUGGCUUGUCAGCAUACUUGCCCAAACGAGUUAUUUGGUUUGGAAAAAUCUGUGGGGGCCGCUACAAUAAAUGGAACCACAAUUUCAUGGGACGUUGACAGCGUGACUGAAUGGGAUACAUCUCUCAUGUGCUAUUAUACUGAUAAUAAUGAUAACCAGUGUUGUAGCACCCUGCCUGUAACCGUCUAUCAGCCUCCAAAAAAUGUCAGUUUCAGCUUCCUAAAUCACUCUGGGUCGAUGACUGCAGGUCAUCUGUACACACUGCAGUGUCACAUCCAGGAAGUUGCUCCUGUUGGUAACCUCAAUGUGAUCUUCUACAGAGGACAGACAGAACUGGGCAGACUACAGUCCAACAACACAGAAAAGACACCAGUGACUGAGACCUUCACUCUGGAUAUCACCCCUAGUAAAGAAGAUGAUGGAGGACAGUACUGGUGUGAAGCCAAGCUAGACCUGGGACCUAAAGGACCACAGACUCCUCCAGUGGUGGAGUCAGGAAAACUCACAGCAACAGUCUACUAUGAGCCUCAGCUAAAGGGGUCAUCACAUCCAGAUCUGAUCACCGUCACGAAAGGAGACCGUCUACAACUGAACUGCUCUGCUGUGGGAAACCCCAGCCCCUCCUACAACUGGACGCUCCCAUCAGCCAGUGGUUCCCCCUUCAGUGACGACAUUCUCACCAUCAAGUCUGUAACUUUGGAGCACAAGGGGCAAUACAACUGUUCUGUCCACAACAACAUCGGGACUGUCACUGUGAAGUUUAACGUGGAUGUCAAAGAGAACUACAGGAACAUUAUUUUAGCCGUGGUACUAUCAGUCAUUGCUCUGGCAGCAAUUGUCUUCGUCAGUGUAUACAUCCAUCUGUACAAACACAACUAAAAGGAAUGGUACAACCUGAGGGACGUUUUCCAUCUUUGCUCUCAACAUGUUGCUGUGCCUACUGGAGAGUAAAUUUGCAGGUGAAGCAUCACAUGUGUGUGGACAACCUGAAACUGUUGAUAUGUCAUAAGCUGCAGUUAGCUGUAAAGCACUGAUGUACUUAUCCUAACCCAAAUACUGUAGAAAUCACCAGAAGUCUCUAUAUCUCAUGUUUAACACAUACUUGCUGUACAUAUGGUUAAACUCAGGUUGAAGCCGACACAUUGAAAUGUUGCUCUGUUUAAAGGUUCUGUAUGUAGGAAUCAGAAAUAUCUUCUCUUUAGUGACAUCUGUGGCCGUUAAAUGAAGUGCAGUCAACAACCUGGUGCUCACACUCGUGUGUUCGUGGCGUGAGACUGUUGCAAGUGAUCUCUUUUUCCGUGCUUACACUUCUCAUAUUUACAUAAAGGAUUUCUAACGUUGUGUUUUGCACCGUGUUCCAGCAAAGCAUCUCUCAUCAUCAGUCAGCCCCUCCCCCAACACAAAAAUGCAUUAAUUAACCACCUGAACCUGAUCCAACCCGCAAACCGCCAACUUUCUUUUUACCAACCUUUUUACAAAACACCAGUAAGCUCAGUGAGCUGUUGUUGGUACGCUUAUUAUGACCUUUGGACUACUAACUAGAAAACAAAAGAGGUAAGCUAUGUUCUGCUAUCGCUCUGGAGCUUGUUUUCUGCUCCUUUGUUGAGGAAAUAAUGUUUUUGCGUCGUGUGCUCGGGAGUGGGCGACUUGUCAUUGUGGGGAUGUUUUGUUGUGAAAUGUGUAGUGGUUGAUAGAUGCAGCUAGUUAUCUCAUUAGCUGGAGAGCUAAUAUCUGCAGGGUGUUUCUAGUUGCAUAGCACCAUUUUUGUUGUGUCGGUUGUUGCAGGUCGUUUGUUGACAUCAGCGGGAGAGAGGCAAGGCACUCAGGAGCGUGAAAAAACGUCACUUGCAUUGGAUUUUUGCAGGAAAUCCAGCCCGAGUCCUUCACAUAGAAAUCAGUCCACAGGCUAUUACAGACAACAGAGAAAGUUGGGAAAGGUCUCAUUUUUUACGUUACAUUACUACCUGUUCACUAAUUGGCAAUAAGAAAUGAUUAAUACAUGUAAAUUGCUUCAAAAUUCUACAUAUAGAACCUUUAAGGAGAGAAAUCUAUUGCUUAUUUAACAAAAAUGUAUAUUGUUCACCAUGUAUAGUGUUAUAGGGACAAGUGCUCCAUUAAUUGUGAUACAAAUGUAAUAUUUCAUCAUUAUAUGGGUCACAUUUUAUUUUAUAAAGCCAGAGGUAGGAUUGUUUAUCUGACAAACCAGCAAUGUGUUAGUUAGUCUGUCUCUCAGUACUUUCCGACCUCCUCACCCUGUCUGUGGCUCUCAGCCCCAAGUCCAUUCAUUUCUACUGAAGACUUAAAACUUUAAAAAAUAGUCACAAAUAUAGUGAUAUUGAUGAUAAUAUAUCAAUGUUUCAAAUGAGCUGUAAGACCAAGAUUAUAAUUCAAUUGAGUAGUAGUGCUCAUUGUUUGAUUAUAAGAUGUUCAAUUUAUUGAGAAAUUGCAAGUAGCUUAUAUUUAAAUAGGAACAUUUGAAAAACUGGAGCCAAUUUUCUAUUUUGUGAUUUUCCAAGUGAAAUAGAAAAUAAAUAAGAAAAUAAAAUAGAACGUUAUUAUCUAAACAUCCAGUGUAUCUGUCGGAUAACAUACUGUUUUACAAUUUCUCUCUAUUUCAUUUUGUUUCCUAAAGGAUAUCCUAUAGUAUUGUAUUGUAUAAAUCCUAUAGGAUAUCCUAUUGU